AUGGGAAACAACACCCCCGCACCCACCCAGCAGCAGCAAGCGGAAGAUGAAGGCGUCCCCCUGAUUCUGGUGUGUGGCCCAAAAAAUACUGGGAAAUCGACGUUUAGCAGAUACCUCAUUAAUCUGUUACUGAAUCACCUUCCCUCGGUUGAAUAUAUGGAAUGUGACAUAGGUCAGGCCGAAUUUACGCCGCCUGGAUGCGUAUCUUUAAGUACCGUAACAGAGCCAAUUCUCGGUCCACCGUUCACUCAUCAACAAACGCCACGUAAGAUGGUGUAUUACGGACAGACCAGUUGUGAGCAGGACACAGAAAGGUACCUGGAUGUCAUGAAGUAUGUGUUCAGCUCCUACAAGAAGGAAGUGCCUCUGGUCGUCAACACCAUGGGCUGGGUGAAAGGUGAGGGCUUGCUGCUUCUGAUUGAUAUCAUUCGGCUGUUGUCGCCCAGUCACAUUGUUCAGAUGGAUGUGUACGACUGGAAGGCCAUGGCCCCGCUCACCCCCGAGUACGUCCAUCUCGCCCCUGGCCUCUACACCAAGGGCAGACAGCAAGCCAAGCACGUGGGUACGAGCGGAGCGGAGAGCUGGAAGUCCGCGGAAGGGGAGGGGGAUGCUUCAGCUCCCGAGCACAAGUUGCUGUACGUGCAUCCAGAAUUCCCUCGAGCAGGGGUUGCAGGUGAAGCGCGAGUGCACAGCGGCAUCCUGCGUGACAUGUCCAUCCUGGGCUACUUGGGCCAGCUGCAGUCCCCGGACGUCGGGGCGGUGCUGCCGCUGAACAGCCUUGUGCCCUACCAGGUACCUUUCAGUGCAGUUGCGCUCAGGGUUGUUCACACUGACGUUGCUCCUACCAACAUCAUGUAUGCGGUGAACGCCAGCUGGGUCGGGCUCUGCACGAUACCAGAAGACGUCCGCAGCCAAGGCGACGGGCCUGUCCUGCUGACCCAGACGCCGCUCUGCGAUUGCCUCGGCUUCGGAAUUGUCCGAGGGGUUGAGAUGGAGAAGAAGCUUUACCAUGUUCUGACGCCGGUGCCUCCGGAGAGCCUGAGACAAGUGAAUUGUCUGCUCCUUGGAAAUAUUGCCAUCCCGAUCUGUGUUCUCGUGGACCAGCAAGGAGUCGAGGGAGAGAUCCCCUAUGUCACGUCUGAUUAUAACUACAGCAUCUUGGGGUCUGGGAAGCUGAAAAAGAAGCAUUUCAAGAGGCGGAAGUAUGAUUACACCUAAAGCCUUGGGGACCUUGGACCGUGGGAUCUGUGUUGUGCGGAGACGGGCAGGAGCCGGGGCGGUCGCAGAAGCCCUGGGUGCUGCAGAGCUUGGGGAGGCCCUGGGCAUGCAUCCCGUGUAGAUACUACAGCAUGUC